AUGUCCAAUUUGAUAGAACUUCAAAAGAAGUAUAUAUUGGAUCUACUUGACGCUGUGGAAACAACACAUAAUAUCAAGUUUUUAGUGAUCGAUGCUUUCACAGAUGCUCUAUUUGAGUACAUAUUCGAAUCUAGGAAUGAACUGCUGAGUCAUGUUACUUCAGUAGACAAAAUUGAUGCGAGAUCCAGAAAGGGGCAACCCUCUGUGGAUGUAAUAUACCUUUUGCAACCAACAAAAUUUAAUAUUAAUUGUAUCGAAGCUGAUUUUUCUAAUAGACCUUCAAAGUAUAAACGAGCGCAUAUCAGGUUCCUGCCUGGUAUGGAACAGCAUAUAUUGCAGUUUUUUCAUUCUAAGCAUUACAUAAAACAAUACUUAGCUAGUAUUUCAGAGGCCAAAAUCGCAUUUUUACCAAGAGAAUCAAAAUUCUUUCAAACUUUGGAUAUUGAUAAACCUCUACAGAUCUUUUUCAAUAAGAAUUGUAAUGAUCUGAUUGAAAAAAACAUCAAAAGAACAAUUCAAUCUCUUCUGAAUAUAUGUAUCGUUACCGGUGAAUAUCCGAUUAUUAGAUAUUCCGAAGCAUCAGAAGAAGAGAAACUCUUAACACCAUCGUCCAGAUUGGCAGAAAAAUUGGCAAAAGAGUUUCAGAUGGUUCUAGACUCGUAUGUUCGUGAUAACGAAGAUUUUCCUCCACCUUCAAAGAGACCUAGAUCAAUAAUGAUAAUCACAGAUAGACUCUUAGACCCAUUAAGCCCGAUAUUACAUGAUUUUUCAUAUCAAGCAAUGGCUUAUGACAUUUCUAAUCGUAUUAAUCCCAGAAGUGAUAUCUAUACUUACAAUGCAGAGAAUGAAUUGGGAGAAAUAGAGGAAAAAACCUCCAGAUUAUGUGGCAUACAGGACCCUGACUGGAUAGAUCUUAGACACCAACAUAUUGUAGACGCUAAUGAGUUUUUACAAGGCAGGAUAAAAGAAUUGAUUGCGAAGAACCCUUUACUGGUUGAUAGAUCCAAUGUCAAAACAGCGAAUGAUUUAGUUAAAGUUGUUGUCCAUUUAAAGGAUUUCGAUGAGGAGAGAAGAAGAAUAAUUCUUCACAAGACUCUUAUUGACGAAUGUUUAGAAGCUAAUCAUUCUAGGAAGCUGGCUACACUCGCAGAAGUGGAACAAAAUUUGGCAGGGUUUGGUCUAGAUAUUGAUGGUGAAAAGGUUAAACAUAUAACAGAAUCAUUGUUGCAUAUAUUGACUCUUAAAGAGUGUGAAAUUACCGAUAAGAUUCGUGCCAUAUUGAUCUAUGCAUUAUACAGGGGUGGGCUUAUCGAAUCAGAUUUUAUCAAGCUAUUGGCAUUUAUUGGCAUUAAUCAAGAUGACGAUUACUUUACUCAUUUCAUGACAUUAUUUAAGAAUUAUCACCACCUUGGAUUCAAACUAGUCAAGGAGAAAUCAAAAAGUAAGCCUUUUAAAAAGGGCUGGUAUCAUGAUUCAAUCGUUAAGGACAGUAGUAUUUACACAACGUCAAGAUUUAUUCCAUCCGUGGCAAAUAUUGUAUCAAAGUUAAUCGCCAAUCCAUUAUUAAUCAGCGAAGAUGAUUUUCCUUACGUCAAGGACAAACCAAUCGAACUUUUGGAUGAAGAAGAAAGGGAAGCCGCUGGUGUAUCAGCAAAUGCCUUUUCUUCGGCAUCUCUCAGAAGUUCUCGUCACAAAGCUUCUUGGAGGAAGAACACAAGUAAUUUACAAGAUAAUAUUGAGAGGCAGAGACUCUUUUACUAUGUUCUCGGAGGAAUAACUUAUUCAGAAAUCAGAGUGGCAUAUGAACAAUCCAAUCUAAAAAACAAGGAUGUUUUUAUUGGAAGUGAUGGUAUUACAACACCUCUCUCUUACAUUACCAGCAUAGAAUUUAUAGACAAACCUCGAGAGUUACUAAAUUUAAAAGAUGAUCAGAGACAAAAGGAGAGAGCGCCAGAAUUUUUAACGGAAAGUCUAGCACCAGUUGCAACACCGGUAUCUCACGUGCAUGUUCGUAGUCAUAACGAACCACUAAAGCCUAAAAUCAUAGAGCCAGUUGUUCAACAACCAGAAAAGGAAAAAAAAUUCAAGAAGUUCAAAAAAUUCUUAAGAACUUCAAAGGAUAAAUGA